UUUAGCCCGAAACGAGCCAAAGGUGCAGACUCGAAAGAGUCGUAUCUUUCGGAUUCAGAAACUGAAAUAUAUUCACACGAAGCGGUUCGUGCCGCUCGUUAAUGCGGCGAGUUCGAAUUUCCGAUUAAAUACGAAAUCUUAUCAACUGUUGUUAGUUUUUUUUUUUUUUCAUUGAAAACGUGUGUAAAAGGUUUUACGUAAUUUAACGAUUGAUUUUCUAAUUAAAAAAAUAUAUAUUUAUUUUUUGUUUCUGUGAAAGAGUGUAUCUGAGAAAUAAAAUACAGAAAUAAUUUGUUACCUGAGAGAGUGGAAAGGUGUGUGGAAAGUACGAAAAUCGAACUACCUGUUGAGCCAAAAAAAAGGCCGCGUUUUCUGUGUGUUUUUGUUGUUGUUUCAAAGCAACAACACCCAAAACCCAACAAAAAAAAUUAAAAUAAAAUAAUAAGAUAGAAAAAAAACCAACCAAACACCUUGCCCUUCUUGCCGUGCCACUGAGCACGUGCAGUUAAAAAUAAAAAAAUAUUAAAAAUAUAUAAUUAAAUAAAUAAAAAAUAAGAAACAAAAUGGAGUUACUGUGGUACUUGAGCAGGAUUAAAAUAGGCCUGCUACUAACGGUCAACUUAGUAGUUGGCUUCAACUUGGAACAGCGACUACCGAUCCUCAAGUACGGACAUCCGCACUCCCACUUCGGCUACUCGGUGGCCACCCACUCCAUAGGUCUGGCGCCAAACCAAACCAACUGGGUCUUAGUGGGCGCCCCUUUGGAUCAAAAUCGACAGCCGAACACCUCGCACUCUGGCGCCCUCUGGCGAUGUCCGAUAACCCAAAGUCUCGAUGAUUGCGAUCAAGUCAUUACCGAUGGCAGGCGUUCAUCGAGCGGAGGUUAUGAGAUGAAUAAGACUUACGACAGUGAGAUUCUCUCUCCGCCCGCCAGUGACGAAAUCAAAGAGGGCCAAUGGAUGGGCGUUACCGUUCAAUCGAAUCCCCUACAGGCCAAUGGAGUUGGUGGCAAGGUCCUUGUCUGCGCCCAUCGCUAUAUGUACAUUAUAGGCGAAAAUCGUUAUGGCCAGGGUCUCUGCUAUCUUCUGACCAACGAUUUGCAAUUCGAAGAAGUCUACGAGCCCUGCAAAGGUCGUGCAGUUCAAAGACAACACGAGGACUAUGGGUUGUGUCAGGCUGGAACUUCCGCGGCUCUCCUGGAGGAUGACACGAUGGUUCUGGGCUCUCCCGGGCCCUUCACCUGGCGCGGCUCCAUCUGGGUGACCCAGGUCGGUGGGGAGUACCUGCAGCGGGACAAGACCACCUACUACAGCGAUCACAGCGACUCCACGUCCCCGGUGGACAAGUACAGCUACCUGGGAAUGUCGGUGACAGGAGGACGAUUCUUCGGUGGCAUGUCCUACGUGGCGGGAGCUCCUCGCUCCAUGGGCCAUGGUCAGGUGGUGAUAUUCAAUGCCUCGAACACAAAUCCCAUACCGAAGCACAUGAUCUUGGACGGAGAACAGUUUGGCUCCAGUUUCGGCUACGAACUGGCCACUGCGGAUGUUAAUGGCGACCAUCGGCCGGAUCUCUUGGUGGCCGCUCCCUUGUACUUCACCAAGUCGGAGGGAGGAGCCGUCUAUGUCUACCAGAACGACCAGGACUCGCUGCCGCUGAAGUACACCCUGAAACUGACCGGAACACUGGAGAGUCGGUUCGGCCUGGCCCUGGCCAACAUCGGGGACCUGAACAAGGACAACUGCGAGGAUGUGGCUAUUGGAGCGCCCUACGAGGGCAACGGUGUGGUCUACAUCUAUCUGGGCUCCCGCCAGGGACUCAAUUCGAAGCCGGCCCAGAAGAUUAUGGCCUCGGAACUGGGUGGAACCACUCCCUCCGUCCAGCCCAUUCGCACUUUUGGCAUCUCCAUCGCGGGGAAUGCUGACUUGGAUGGGAACUCCUAUCCGGACUUGGUAAUUGGUGCCUAUAAUUCCUCGGCCACGGUGGUGCUCCUGGCCAGACCCAUCAUCUCCAUCCAGACGAGCGUGAAGAGCGAGGAGCUGAAGAACAUGGAUCCGAAUCAGCCGGGCUGCCGCAACGAUACUUCCAGUAAUCUCACCUGCUUCACCUUCGAGGCCUGCUGCAGCAUCGAUCCCUACGACGAGAAGAGCAAGGAGCUCCGUCUGGCCUACAACGUGGAGGCGGAGACCUUCGAUCAUGUCAAGAAAUUCUCCCGGGUCUUCUUCGAUCGCGACAACAAGCGCAGCAACGUCUUCAGUCGAGUGGUUCGCGUCAGAACGGAUGGCAGGACAGCCUGCGAUCGGGUCACUGGAUACAUCAAGGCCAAUACGAGGGACAUCCAGACACCGGUUCGUUUCCGUCUGAAGUACAGCCUGGAAGAGCCUCCGCUGGCCAAGUCCGCUUUGAUUCGAUUGAAUCCCAUACUGGAUCAGACGCAGGCUCACAUCGAUUUCGAGGGAACAUUCCAGAAGGAUUGCGGCGAUGAUGAUCUGUGCGAGAGCAACUUGGUCCUGCGGGCCGAACCGAAUAUUACACAGGAAGCUGGACCCGACUACACCCUCAUCCUGGAUGAAACCGAAUUGGAAGUGCGGAUCAAUGUCAGCAAUCUGGCAGACUCCGCCUAUGAAGCCCAGCUCUUCAUAGCCCACCAGGCGGGUGUCUCCUAUGUGGCCACCAAGAAACCGACCAAUGCCACCUGUAACAGCUUCAACACCACCCUGGUGGCCUGCAGUCUCGGCAAUCCCAUGCUCCGUGGCACCACCACCUUUGUGACCAUUCGAUUCCAGCCCAAGGGCCUGGAGCCCAGCGAGAAGUCCAUGCAGUUCCACAUCUUUGCGAAUACCACCUCGAAACUGGUGGGCCGGGAGAAGCCGGAAAAGAUUCUUCACAUCAAGGUGGUGCGGCGGGCGAAGCUCCAUUUCCGCGGAUGGGCGAUACCGGAGCAGAGCUUCUACAGUGCCGGGACACCGGCUGGAGCCACCAACACAGCCAUGGGAGUCGCCAGCAGCGAAGUGGAGCAGCGAUCUGGUCCGAUGACAAUGGACGAUGUGGGCACUCAGGUGCAUCAUAGCUUCACGAUCUUCAACGAGGGUCCCUCGACGGCGCCCAAGGUCCGCAUGGUGAUCCACUGGCCGUGGUCCCUACCCAACGAUCUCCAGAGCGGCAUUGUGGAUCAGUAUCUGCUCUACUUGGAGCAAGUACCCACCGUCGAGGUGGGCAUCGGCGAGUGCUCCGUGGCGCAGGAGUAUGUGAAUCCCCAGAAACUGGUCAGUGGAUCGAGGGAGUCCAUCGAUUAUCUGACUGCUCCCGCACAGCUGAUGAUGUGGUCGUCCCGCCCGAGGACUCAACACAACAAGACCACGAUUCACACCCAGAAGAGUUACUAUUCCAGUGGGAAGAGUGACUCGUCCGAGUCACAGAAUCGCGUGAAGCGCAGCUUCCUGGAGCGGGUGACUCGCCUGGAGCGUCUGAUGUACGAUCCGGAGGGUGGAUCCACCUCCGCCUCCAAUUCCAAUGGCAAGAAGCAGGACAUCGUCGAGUUGGACUGUAACAAGGGUACGGCGAGGUGUGUCCGGAUCGAGUGCGACAUCAACAACAUGCCGGCCCGAUCCGAGGCCCAGGUAGUGGUCAAGGCGAGGCUCUGGAACUCCACCCUGGUGGGUCAGUAUCCCCGGGUGGAUCGUGUUCGGAUCAUCUCCACGGCAAGUGCCCAGAUACCCGAGGACUUUGGAGUGGAAGUCAUGGAGCACAAUAACAUAGAGGUGGAAACCCGAGCCUAUCCUGAGCUGAGGAACCAACAGAGCGACCCUUCCCUGCCCUGGCUCAUCAUCAUCCUGGCCAUUGUUGGGGGCAUACUGGUCCUGGCCCUGCUAACCUAUGUCCUGUGGAAGUGCGGCUUCUUUAAGCGCAUCCGACCCACAGAUCCGACGCUCAGCGGCAAUCUGGAGAAGAUGAACGAGGAGAAGCCGUUCCUGGCGCCGGCGAAGAACCCCCAUCACGUUUUCUAACAAGAGGGCACCGUCGGCUGGGAUCUGGUGCGUCGUCGGAAGCGUCGUCGUCGUCAUCGUCCAUUCCGGCUACCAACACGUCAUCCCGCUCUUGCCCACCACCGUCAGAACAACGAGGAGGAUGAUGAGGAUGAGGAGGAGGUGGAUGUCCUGUCACUGACACCGCCACCACCACCCAUUAGUAUCCUUAGUUGGGGCAACGAUGGCUACUACCAGGCCAGUGCCGCCUGGUGGGGUCACAUGUGAUUCGGAUGAGGAGGAUCUGAGUGGAUCAUGUAGUGGAUCAAGUUAGGAUCAAGUGGGUUGUGGUUCAAUGUGCCAUUUCGUUUACUUAAAGCAGAGAGGAGAGCAUCCGGAGAGGGUAUCCGGGUAUCCAGGUAUCCGGCUUAGUUUUUAUGAGGGGAGGGGAGGGUCUAAAGCCGGAUAAAGUCAAGUUCCUAACAUCGGCUAUAACUUUAAACUUAAAAACUAUCACCUAGAAACCAUAAACCCAUAAAAAACAAGUAUACCCGGUACUUUUGGGUUCCAUAAGUCCAAAAAAAACCCUAUCUUGAAGAUUUCCUUCUGAUUCCACUUCUAAACUCUCCAAGUACCGGGUAUGGACUACAAAAAAAAUACAACUUCUCGAAAACAGAAACUCCUAAAAGCCCCAAACCUUCAUAGUUCCGGAAAACGAAAUCUCCAAUUUCGAAACAAAAUCUCCUUUUACUUCCAAACUGCCAAUAAUAGUCGAUGUUAGUGACUUGAGUCUAAAAUUUAAAGUCUAGAAAGUCUAUAUAUAUAUAUAUAUUUAAAGCCAAGAACCCAAAACGUUGAUAAUUUGUGUAAAAAAUGUUCUUUGUCAUAUAAUAUUAUUUAGUAAUAUUUAAAUGCUUAUUUAGAAUUAAAUUUUAAGGUUAAGUCGAAGACGCGAUUAUUCCGAAUAUAGCAUACAAAAAAAAAAAACACUGCCAGGAACAACUAUUUGAGUGCCUCACGAUAUAUAUCGGACAAAUCGGACUAUAUAUUAUAUAAUCCCAAAAAACUGGACACAUUUUUCAAAGUAUUAGCACAGAGUUAUACUAAGAGUUAAAAAAAAAAAACAAAAAAAAUAACAGAAUUUAGAACAUUACUUUGUUAAAAAUCACUUUACUAUUUCUUAUUAUUUUUUUUUAUGUGGCACUUUAUAACUUAAGAUCAGAAAUGGAACAGAUUUACCCGAAAAAUUGUUAAUAUAUUUAAUCUACUCUUUUUUUUUUGUAUGUAUUGUAUGUAUGUAUUGUGUGGGCGGAUGGCGUAGUUAAAUUAGUUGUAUAUAAUAUUACGAACUAGCUGUACUAGCUGUAAAUAGUAAUUAUUCCUUUUUGAUCUAUUUAAUAUACGAUUCUUUUUUUUAAAACGA